AUGCACUACAAAGCUUGGGCCUGUAAAAUUCUGGCACCCGAGAGAAGCAACGGAGUGCCUAAAGAGGAGCAGGUGAUCUACGAGGACGAGAUCGGUAGGGAGAUCGGCGACGAUAUGGGGUCGAGAUGGAGGGAGGCGCUGCGUAACGAGGAGCACCUGCAUGGGCCAAAAAUAACGAAAUGGCGCUUGCGCGCGUACGUCGAAUACAUGUCGACUGAAACCGACCAACAGGCGGCAUCGUUGGACACAGGCCGGUCCAGAGUCGCUGGAAGGAAGGCGAAAAAAAGCACCCCUCCGAUGAUGCUGGCGCGCCUUACUGCGCUGACGUGCUUCUGUAGAGUAGAGGCCAUACUCUUCGACGAGCCACUAACGAAACCCUUGGACGACAUCACCGAGGCCCGGCAGCUUCUUGCGGUCAAGCUGCGGCAGCUGCACGACUUUCAGUUCGAGCAGUGCGUCGAUCCACACCGGGGCUCGCUCAAUGAUGUUUACACGGAGGAGCAGUUCCGCAUUCUCGUUUCAGACAUCCUGCCGUACUGGGCCAAGGAGUACUUUCGGGAGUCGAUGAGUUACCCCAGUCAGUCGCUGUGGAGGGCCUUGGCCGUGAGGGUGAUGAUCCUGAUGGCGCAUCACAUGCUGGGCAGGGGGAUAAGCACCCGCGAGAUCCGCUACUGCAAUAUGUUCACUCACGUCAUUCCGCCCAUCACGAACAGCAAGGGGGAAUCGUCGAUCCACGUUCUCGUGGUCGCCUAUCGCAACUCGAAGACCAUCAAAGACAACAAGCUCGGCCACCUGUACCUGACUCGACACAUGGACUUCCGGCAGUGCGGCUUCGGAGCAGUGUUCAUGUGGAUACAUUUCAUUUUCGACCUUGUGCCGCUCCACUACAACAACGAUAAGAUCGUGCCCCCCUUGGAUUUCAACAACCCGGAAAACUGGUCAAAGAAGCACAUGUUCUUCGCCCUCCUCGACAAGGACAAGACCGAGUUGCCGUACGCGACUCAUGCCAAAUGGGUUACCUGGGCGAUGAAAAGCGCGGAGUGGAUCCUGUCGAAAGUCACACAUAUCUUUCGACGGUCUGCGGCACAGAUCCUCGCCGACAAAAACUGUGAACUCGACAACAUCGCGCAGCUGGGUCAAUGGGACAUGAACGAGAUGCGCAGGUCAUACGUCACAGGCACCCCGCGCGGGGCCAUCCAGCUGCAAGCGGGUUUCACGACGGAACCCGGUGACUAUUACCUUGGAAGAUCGAAGACCGAAGUACCCGCGAAGGUCCUGAAGGCUAUCGAGGAGCACAUAUUUCCAAAGGCGGAGCAGUGGCUCGACGAGAUGUCCGGUUUGUGCAAGGAUAUGGAUUUCCAAAAAUGGGCGCUUGGCGUGUACCUGCUUGACAAGUACGGCAUCGAGAUGCGGACCAACCCCACACUAUCGAGAGCCUCAGACGCAUCCUUUCAACUCAACACCAAGCACCUCAUCACGCAACUUCGGGCAGAGGUAAACUUACACAAGGAGGAGGGUGGGAAAAAAGAAAUCAAGAUCAAGGGCCUCGAGAAGAAGGUCGAGCCAUUGGUGCGGGAGAAGGGCGCGAUGCAAGCGGAGUUGGAGGCGAAGGUAGAAGCACUCGCGCUACUGCAGAAAGCGUUCGACGCACUGAAGAUUACCGCCGCGACAAUCGCAGCUGCGAAUGUAGGGGAGAGCGAGAGUGUGCCGCAGACGGCGACCGAAGAAACCACCCCGCCACCACAGCAGCCCCCUCAAUCAACGCCCACUCAACAGAGCAAGGGCAGCCAGCUCGACCAAACAUUCUUCGACGCAGUGGUGUGGCCGUGGUGCACUUGCGAGACCGUGCGGCAGGCGUGGUCGUACUGGGACGGGCCAAGCCCGCUGAACAACGGACACAGUCUUCGACACGCUUACAGGAGGGGUUUCGCCGUCGAGUUCAGCAAGUUCACUCCGACUCCUCCCACCGUUCCCCCCGAUGCGGUGGACCAGCCAAAAGAAAAGCCACCGACCCCAAAAGCUGUCGAGUCGAGAUUGCGGAAGAUGGAGGUUGUCAUGAGGGCCGUCGAGAUGUUCAGGGUCGAUGACAGCAGAGCGGCUACGUCGACGAUAAUUGAUAAGCUUGACUCAAUAGUCACGAACCACUCGAUCAACAUGCUGGCUGAAGGGCUCGUUCUGAAAGAGGAUUCGGGGAAGCAGCUCACGAAGAAGCGCAAAGUCGAGACAGCAGAAGACAACCGGAAGGACAAAGAUCGCCUCAGGAUCACGCGGGAGCUCAUUCGCGUCGAGCUUCGAACCACGAAAUGGGCCGAGAACGUGUUCAAAGACAAAUGGAAAGAGUUCAUGAAAACAUGGGGCGAGAGCCCAAGUUCGACAGGCAAUCAUGACGAGGGGCGAAACUAG